CCUCCCCGCAACUAAACCUGCUGCAACCAUGGAGAUCGACGACGAAGAAGCACCCCCUCUCCUCGUGACCGCGACGGCCGACGCUGCAGCGCCCGACACCUUGAUUGAUGACAUUUCCCUGGUCAAGGUCCCCAUCACUAUCGUAACCGGCUAUCUCGGUGCAGGCAAGACCACCUUGCUCAACUACAUCCUCAACGAGCGCCAUGGAAAGAAGAUUGCUGUCAUCCUCAAUGAGUUCGGUGACUCCGCCGAUAUCGAAAAGUCUCUCACGGUCAGCAAAGACGGCGGCCAGGUUGAAGAAUGGCUUGAUCUCGCCAACGGCUGUCUUUGCUGCACCGUCAAAGACACGGGUGUCACUGCCAUCGAGUCUCUAAUGGAGCGUCGUGGUGCUUUUGAUUACGUGCUUCUCGAGACGACUGGAUUGGCUGACCCGGGAAACAUUGCACCGCUCUUCUGGCUCGAUGAGGGACUUGGAAGUAGCAUCUACCUCGACGGAAUCGUCACGCUCGUGGACGCUAAGAACAUUCUGAAGAGCCUAGAUGAGCCACCGCCGGAAAGCCAGCAUGAUGCUUCUGAAGAAGGCCAUCAUGGUGGCCCGGAACUCACCACUGCCCACCUGCAGAUCUCGCAUGCCGAUGUCGUAGUGAUAAAUAAAAGUGAUCUGGUCUCUGCAAAAGAGCUAGAAGAUGUCAAGCAGCGGAUCAGGGCGAUCAACGCGUUGGCACGGAUACAUGUCACGAGCCACGGCCAGGUGCCGCAGCUGGAGGGUGUGUUGUUGGAUCUGCAUGCGUACGAUGCGGUGACCAAGGACGAGUUGGAAUUCGCGAGUAAAGGGCAUAGCCAUCUAGAUCCUACGAUCUCGACUAUCACUAUUCCACUUCCUCCGCUUCCGGAACAAGGCCUCACAGCCCUUGAUACAUGGCUUCAGUCAGUCUUGUGGGAGGAAAGGUUGCCCGAAGACAUAACCUCUUCUACCCCAACGAAAUUCGAGGUCCAUAGAACGAAAGGCCGGAUACCGCUGACCGACGGAACACUGAAAAUGAUUCAGGGUGUCAGAGAGGUUUUUGAAAUACUCGACUCAAAGGACAGCACGGCCAACUCAGACGCCGAGAGACAGGCAGCCCUGGCGCAAGGUGGAAAGGUCGUAUUGAUCGGAAGAGGACUAGUGGAAGAGAAGUUCGCAGGGAGUUUGAGGAAUGCUGUUGGGGCCUAACUGCAUCCGUAAGACAGGGCACGUAAAUGAGCGAUUAUGAAUGGUAGACACGAUGACGGCAGAAUCAUGACAUUCCGUCCAUUGUCCAAUAUUGUGCUUUUUACCGAGUAGCUGGGUUGGCAUCAUGAUGAUAUCGGCACUACUCAAGUACACACAGGUGUGCAGUCUUUAAAAAGUCGUAAGGCUAUAGCUAGUGGGUCAACGAGUGUAUCCACGGUACUUGGCUGGAACGGCGACAUGGGAUCCAAGCUGGUAACCCACUUGUCCCACAGGCAGAUCGAUCCGACGGGACGGACAUCCAUGUUAGGCUUGCAUGGAGACUAUAAAUAGAGCAGUAAGCCUGCAGAUUCGCUUAAGGUACGGAGACGUCGUUUGUCGAGAUGUUUUCCCUCCAGGUGGUAAGACGGCCAGGCGCACGCACA